GAAUAUCAACCGCGAGACUUGUCGUGGGAGAGGAUUGAAACCUGCCCAUCCAAAAAUCAUUGAGCCCCCCCUAUCCAAGACCCUUAUGCAAAAUGACACUCAUCAACAUAUCCAUCACCUCAGACCCAGUCUGUCCAUGGUGCUACAUCGGUUACCGCCGCCUCACCAAGGCCCUCCGCCUGUACCAAAAGACCUACCCGGGCGGUGGUCAAGACGCCAUCCGCAUCACCUGGAAACCGUACAUUCUGGACGCUAACGCCCCGAUGGAGAGCAUCCCCUACAUGGGUAACCCUAACCUUUCGCAUAUACCUCACCAAACCCACGACAAGAUAUUAACCGAUCGCUCAGAACGAAUGACCCAGAAGCUCGGCCCGGAGAAGGUCCCCCACGCGCAAGCCCACCUCCAGCGACUGGGCCACGCCGACGGGAUCCACUUCCGCUUCGGCGGGCGGAUUGGAAGCACCCUCCCCGCGCACCAGGUUAUCAUGCUCAGCCAGUUGCAGGAUCAGGGGCAUACGUCAGAGAGCACAUUGACGGGGUCGGAUACUGGUGUCGGUGCGGCGGCGCUCGUGGAGGCGAUCUUCGAGGCGCAUUUCGAGCGGGAGCAGGAUAUCACGGAUGUUGAGACGUUGGUUCGAUUGGCGGGGCAGGCGGGAAUGGAUGAACGUGUCGCUCGCUCGUGGUUGGCGGAAGGGCGCGGCGUGGCGGAGAUCCAGCAGGAGGCGCUGAGGGCAAGGGACGAGGGGAUCGUUGGGGUACCGUACUUUCAGUUCGGAGGAGGGGAGCGGAUGCGCUCGUUGAGCGGGGGGCAGGAGGUUGCGGAGUUUCUGGAGGCCUUGAUUGCGUAUAAGGAGGGGUUGGAAGCGACAGAUGCUUCGAGUGGUGUGCGGGGAGUAGCGUGCGCUGGGGAUACUUGCUGAUGUCCAUGGAUGAAAGCAAGAUUGAGAGGCAUGAAGGAUUAUGGAGCGUAGUUGCUGCCAGGGGGAUAUGUGUUCGUUUUUGAUUUGCUUUUAAGCGCGUCUGGACAGAUGGGUCGCGGUCUGGAUCUGUUCUGAUGCAAGAGGUUGCAUAUGGCUGUUGUCCACACUCUCGGGUCUGAGAACUCUUCUGUUUAAAGUGCGAUAUUAGCCUGCAAUUCAGCGCAAGACAUACUGGACCCAGCACUUUCAAUUUGAGUUGGAUACUUGAUAUAGAUUGCGGCACGAACACCAGGAUAAGCA